AUAUUAUUUUCUGUUCAUUGGUCAAACUCAUUUAUGCAUGUUGUUUGUUUAUGGUUUAUUCAACAACGCUACAGCAGCUCAAACAUACAUAGCACCUAAUAAUAGGGAAAGUAAUGAGUACUGUAGUAGAAAUUAUAUAGAAAAAAGGUUUCGAGGCGUAAUUUAAGGUACUUUAGCGUAAUUUUCCUGGAGAGACUUAAAAAAAUUACAAAAUAAGUCAGUUAGGAAAUUCGGUGUCAGAGAUUUGAACACGAGAUAUCCCGAAUAUGAUUUUUUUUUUCCAUUUAAUAAUAUGCAACAUGAGCAGUUGAAACAACGUCGUCAAAUAUCCUCAGAAUCAAACAUUCAGGAACCGAGUUUGUAAUCAGUCUGUGUAUAAUUCGAAGUACGUAUACACGAAACGAAGGAUUUGAUCGACUGCGACCAAUGUCUCUACGACGUCACGACAUACGCCGCCAACUGAUAAAGUGACUUACAAUCCUCUUUCUCUGGCGGUCACCACCUGUUCAAAGUCCGUAAGACAUAUCAUAAAUAUGUCGGCUGUUCAUUGCUCACUGUAGUCCUCUUAAUUCCUCCAUUGUUUGCGCUCAGUUGCUGCCAACGUUAUAAACACCAGGCACAUGCAGAAGACAGGCACACGGGCCCCCGCGUAGACAGAAAGAUGACCGCGAACACACAAAGGCCUCAGACGAACACAGUGAGUCGCUUCAGGGAGGUGCUGCCUCAGGUGCUAGCGAUGGGUGCAGCGAACAUGGUGGUUAUAAACCUGACCUUGGCACUCCUCCUUUCCACCCUCGUCAUCGCCGAAGUGCACCACUCGGACGCAGAGCUCUCCAUGGAUGACACGUUGGCUUCCUGGUUCGGCAGUUUGCCAUUCUUCUGUCAGCCAGUUGGAAGCAUAUUAUCGGGGUUCGUAGUGCAAUGGCUUGGCCGCAAGAGAUCUCUGAUGCUCAUCAAUAUUCCAUACUUCGUGGGGUACGUACUUAUCAGUACGGCCCCCUCGAUCACUGUACUCUUUCUGGCUAACGUAUUGCUGGGAACCACAGUCGGUUUCACCGAGGCGCCGAUCAACAGCUACUUCGGCGAGAUCUGCCAGCCAGAGCUCCGCAGUAUCCUGGCCGGCAGCGCAGCGAUAUUCUACCAGGUGGGGAUGUUCGUGCUGUUUGUUCUGGGUAGCCUUACGACCUGGAGGGUUACUGCUGGAGUCGUAGCUGUGAUCCCUGUCGUGACGAUGAUAAUGAUCAGCCAGGUUCCAGAAUCUCCAAUAUGGCUGAUAGCUCAGGGACGACUUAAGGACGCUGAAACUUCCUUGUGCUGGCUACGAGGAUGGGUAGACAGAGGCGCUUACGACCGCGUAACAACGAAAUCUGCGCAGAAACGGGCAGAUGACAGGGAGACAAAAAACCUGUUGGAAGAGCACAACAUGUCCGAAUACAAACCGAGCCCUGAACUGAAUGGAUUUUUAUCAGAUAACCAAGCAACGAAACAAGCGACAAGCGACAACGCCCAACUGCCUUCGUGUGAAGAUAAUACUGAUCCAACGAUGAGAGAGGUGGCGCUGGAAAUGAAAAAUAUAGCAGGCCAUGACGAAAACCAGCGAAUGAUUUCGCCUGUAGACAAACAGAUAACAAUAGAGAAGGAGCUGUCAACGGAAGUCUUUACUGCCGAAGUCAGUGACGGGGGUAGAAAGUCGAAGUUCGUGACAAUGGUGAAGUUGUUAGUGCAGCCAGAAACGUUGAGACCGCUAUUUCUCACCGUAUCCUUUUUCUCGUUUUAUGGCUUUGGAGGAAUGCCAUCCAUCAGGCCAUUCUUGGUGGAAGUGAUCGACAACUUCCACACCCCAAUUAAAGGAUCAUGGAGCUCGGUUGCGAUGGCGGUCACAGGGUUCCUGGGCAGUGUGGUAAUGAUCGGCUCGGUCAACAGGCUCGGGAAGAGGUCGUUAGCGAUGUCUAGCGUCGCCGUCUGCGCCUUGUCGUGCCUGCUGCUCGGGGUGUACGACUACCUUUUCGUCGACAGAGCCACGUGGGUGCCGCUGGUUCUGUUCACAGUGUUCUCCUUCGCCAAUAGUAUUCAAGGGCAGAUACCGUGGCUGCUUGUAGCUGAAGCCUUCCCGUUCAGGACGAGGGGACUGGCAGGUGGAAUGGCAGCAGCAUCCAAUUACAUCGCAUCCUUCAUCGCUGCAAAGACGUUCCUCAGUACCGAGCACAGUCUGCAGAUGUAUGGCUCCUUCUGGUUCUUCGGUGUCGUCAAUUGCCUGUGCUUCGCUUUCCUGUACUUCCUGCUGCCCGAGACAGAGGGAAAGUCUCUGGAGGAGAUAGAGCACCUGUUUGCAGGCAACAAGGACCACAAGUGAAUCCUCCAAUUACAUCGCAGGUCUCCACAAGAGGAACGACCUGUCUGUGCCCAUUCAAAUGUCAGCAGUCGACCACAGCGGCACAGUGUUGGUAACUUGAAUGCUGGUUUCGCAGGUCUGAACCUGGCUUGAAGAAACGUAAUUUUCAUGGUUUUUGUUCUGUGCAUGUAAAAGUCUUGCAGUGAAAUGAUCUCUUACUGAAGGAGUCAUACUAUGUGUAAUCAAUUAAAUACAAUAAAGGGAAUCCCCACACACACCGUUAAUUGGCGAUCAAAGGAAACGAAUUAAAACACAUACGAAUAACAUAACAUGGCACGUUCAUGUACAGCGUGCUUUAUUUCAGCCACGUCUGCUAUAUAUUUAUUUGAAAAUUCCCCCAAUAUCAAAUGUUAUGGAAAUCCAUUUUGCUGUUCUUGAUUUGUUAUACGCAUACAGACACAAAAAAAUCUGCAUAUGCUUCCUCAUCACAUCAUUAAACACAGCAAAAUGGAGAAAAAUGUCAUGUCUGACAGCAAUAAUACCAUAUUCUUCUAUCCCCUUCAAAUCCAAGGCCUGUCGGAGAGUUCAAUGCCAGCUGUAGUAGUAAUCAACGGUACCAUCCCCAAUAUUAACUUCAUCUCAGACCUCCUAUUUUACAAUUCAGUUUCACAUGUGUUAAUAAAAAAUUUCUGAAACUGUG